GACUUGCCAUUCCACCUCCUUGAAAUAAAAGAUAGGUGGUUAAAUCACCAGGGAAUGUUUUAAAACAAUCUUAAAGUGAACUGUGGAUGGUUAUUUCUCUAAGAAUAACUCUGGUUUUGUGUAUGUGAAAUUUAAUGUGAAAUCCUCUGAAUUUUCUAUCUUGAAACUAUUCUGUUUUCUUUACUAGUUUUCUUUACUAGCAAGAAGGAUCUUAUCCAUUAGUAAGGGUGUUUCCUUAAUUGAGCUUUGCUUAUUGAGAUGAUGUAUGAUGCUUUUUUUUAUUUAGCAACUUUGCUCACCUGUCAGACUUUAUUGUCAGUUGAAGAUAAAUUAAAUGUGAUGUGACAGUACAGUUCUGUCCCUGUCAGUAGCUUUGCUUCUUGGCUGUUAGUCGAAGAUUUAAUUGUUUUCAAAUCCUUACCUUCAGUUCUAUAGCAUGGAGUGAAUAGAAUCCUCUUGCAAGUAUCAUACUGAACUUUUCUGUAAAACCAACUAGACACAUAUAGUAUACUUGCUGUGGGAUCACAUAGGAAAGGAAAAAAACAUUUAACAGUAUUUACCUUCCUCCAUUAACCAGAUGUGCUUCAAUUUGAAAUUUGUUACUUGCAAUGCUACCAUUGUAUUGUUAACAACUUGUAUGACUAGCCCAGCAAAUUGCUAAUAUUGGCAGGGACUAUCUGGGUGUUAACAGUGGACUGGAGCAUCAUCAGAGUUGCAGCAUGUAGUGACAAACUGAGGCAACAACAAGGCUACUAUUGCAGCUAGUAGACAGGCCAGCUCUCCAAACACCAGCACCCCACAACAGACUACCACCACCCAGGCCUCUGAAGGCAGUCAGCCAGGGAAACACAGCUUCUAAGAAUGCUGGGAGUCCACAAGAUACAGACAACUUUGAGGACUUGGGGUGCUGUCAUAAUUGGUGGGGGUUGAGGAGCCCAGAGAAGGUUUCUGAGUGGGAGAGGCCUCUUAGCUGGAAAGAUCAACCUAGCCACCACAUCAGCUGCUCAGCUGAUCAGUCGUUCACAGAGUGUGAGUUCUCCCACUGCCACAACUCUGACGCAGUCUGUGCUCCUUGGGAACACCACUUCACCACCUCUCAACCAGUCGCAGGCCCAGAUGUAUCUCCGGCCGCAGCUGGGAAACCUGUUGCAGGUAAACCGGACCUUGGGCCGCAAUGUCCCUCUUGCUUCCCAACUCAUCCUGAUGCCUAAUGGGGCCGUGGCUGCUGUCCAGCAGGAGGUACCACCCACCCAGUCUCCUGGGGUCCAUGCAGACACAGACCAGGUUCAGAACUUGGCUGUGAGGAGCCAACAGACCUCAGCCACUAAUGCCCAGCUCCAAGGAUCUGCCCAGAAGGCAGCUCUGCCAGGAAACUCCCAGGCUUCAGGCCUACCACAGGCCACAAGUACAGGCCAGACUGUGGCAGUGGCUCCAGCCUCUUCUGGCAGCAUGGGGCAGUCUCUCAACUUGAGCCAAGGGGCAGCAGGCAGUAAUGGUGUCUCUGGGGGCGUGGUUGCAAACAGUGGGAGCCAGAAUUCUACAGCACUGAGCCAGACAGUAUCUGCAGGUGCCACUGGCAGCUGCCAACGGAAAGGAACAGGAGUGGUUCAGCCAUUACCAGUAGCAGCUGCUCAGGCAGUGACUGUCAGCCAGGGAAGCCAAACAGAGUCAGAGAAUGCAGCCACAAAGAAGGGUGAAACGGACAGUGGUGGACAGCAGACUGUGGGCAUGAAUCUUACCAGGACAGCUACACCAGCACCCAGCCAGACAUUGAUUAGCUCAGCUACAUAUACACAGAUUCAGCCACAUUCACUGAUCCAGCAGCAGCAGCAGAUCCACCUGCAAAAGCAGGUGGUAAUCCAGCAGCAGAUUGCCAUUCAUCACCAGCAGCAGUUCCAGCACCGCCAGUCCCAGCUCCUCCACACAGCCACCCAUCUCCAGCUGGCCCAGCAACAGCAACAAUCAUCAUCUCUGACCCAACAGCAGCCAGCUCAACCUCCACAGCAGCAGGCUCCACCUCAAAAUCAGCAGCAGACUCAGACCCUUGUGGUGCAACCUAUGUUACAGUCCCAGCCACAGUCUGUUCAACUCCAGCAUGACAGUCCUAGCCAGCCAGCCACCAAGUCACCUGUUCCAAUUCAGUCAAAGUCUAUGGUCACCAUCAAACCACCUCAGCUUGGGCCUGCCAAAAUGUCAGCAGCACAGCAGCCUCCACCACACAUCCCUGUGCAGGUGGUGGGUACUCGGCAGCAGGGCUCAGGCCAAGCCCAAGCACUGGGUAUAGCUCAGAUUGCUGCAGCAGUACCGACUUCCCGGGGAAUGCCAGCUGUUGUCCAAUCUGUUUCCCAAGCCCAUGCUCCUUCCCCACCUUCUUCAGCUCCAGUAUCCUCACAGGAAGCUCCUCCUCUCACUACAGGGGUGAAUUUGGCACAAGUUCAAGGUACAACCCACAUGGUGAAGAAUCCUACCUCCUCUCCAGUUGUGGCUCAGAUGCCAACAGCAUUCUACAUGCAGUCUCUCCAGUUGCCAGGCAAGUCUCAGAGCUUAGCAAUAAAGCGCAAGGCAGAGUCAGAGGAGGAGAAGGAGGUAUCAGCCAGUGUCACUGCACUAACGCCUGCCAGGUCCUCUCCUGUGACAGAUAGCCCCAAAAAUGUGGAGGAAAAGAAUGGCCUUGGAGAUAAAUCUGAUCCUGCUGCUACUGCAACCCCAAAUGCCACCUCAAGUGAAGGAGCAUCAGUCACCUCCACCUCUGUUCCCACUGCAAACCUGGCAAUGGUGUCACGUCAGAUGGGAGACUCCAAACCUCCACAAGCCAUUGUUAAGCCCCAGAUCCUCACGCACAUAAUAGAGGGCUUUGUCAUCCAGGAAGGAGCAGAGCCCUUUCCGGUGGGUUGUUCUCAGCUGCUAAAAGAAACUGAGAAACCUUUGCAGGGAGGGGCUCCUUCUGGCCAGGGUGAAAACCUGUCCAGCAAUUCUCCAGGAGGGAACAGUACUUCUAUGGAGCUUGAUAAGAAGGCAAACUUGCUGAAGUGUGAAUACUGUGGGAAGUAUGCCCCAGCUACCCAGUUCCGUGGCUCCAAAAGGUUUUGUUCCAUGACCUGCGCUAAAAGGUACAAUGUCAGCUGCAGCCAUCAGUUUCGGCUGCAGAGAAAGAAGAUGAAAGAACUCCAGGAAGCUAACUAUGCUCGAGUGCGCCGACGGGGAUCACGGCGCAGCAGCUCUGAAAUUACUCGAACAAAGAUCCAGGGAAAGCGUCACAGGGGCCAGGAGGAUUCAAGUCGAGGUUCUGAUAACUCUAGCUACGAUGAGGCCUUGUCCCCUACAUCUCCAGGACCUCUGUCAGUAAGGUCUGGCCAUGGAGACAGAGACCUGGCAAACUCUAGUAUGGCCCCACCUACCCCAGAUCUACAUGGCAUCAACCCUGUAUUCCUGUCCAGCAAUCCCAGUCGUUGGAGCGUGGAGGAAGUGUAUGAGUUCAUUGCAUCAUUGCAAGGAUGCCAGGAGAUUGCUGAAGAGUUUCGGUCACAGGAAAUAGAUGGCCAGGCCCUGUUGCUUUUGAAGGAGGAACACCUCAUGAGCGCUAUGAACAUCAAGCUAGGACCUGCUCUCAAGAUAUGUGCCAAGAUCAAUGUCCUCAAGGAAACCUAACAGCUCUGAAGCCAGCAGUUUCAAUUUUGCUCUGACCCCAGAGCAGCUGCCUGCUUUAAAACAUUCUGCUGGGACAAGGAAUGGGACAAUCCCACGUGGUCCUGCAUUCAAGAAUGAAAAGGAAUUUAACUGCCUGAAACUGCCAUGCACAAGCCCAUGUUUUGAUCUUUGAAUGGUGCUAUAACAAGGGAGGAAAAUUCCCACCUGGGGCCUUUGAAACUUCCUUCCAUCUUUGAAUAUGCCUCUCCCAUAUACUACAUUGAGAAGGAGACCUCCUUCUGUUUUAGCAGCCUUAUAAAGGGGAAGUGCCCUUGCCCCUUUUUGCUGAAGCAGGUUUGCUGGAUCUUGGUUAUGCUGGAACCUGAGGUACAGGAAAUUCCUGCCCUGCAUGGUUUUGGGAGCUGCUGUGUUUGGAGUAUUUAAAAAGGUCCAAGUGGCAGAGGUGGGUAUACAAAAACUAAAGCAAAAGGGGCUGCUUCUGUUAUAGCCUAGGUAUUUUUUGAACUGUGUUUAAUAGCCAUUCCAGCACACAUAUCAAACUCAAAGGCCCAUGGCAUUAGGAGCUACCUUACCUUAGCUUUACUGUCUCCGGUAAAGAUGCAGAUUGAAGACUAGGUAUUUUGGCAGCUAUUUGCUCCAGAUGCCCGUUUUUGAAGCAGAAGAGGAUUUAUCGUGAGUACUUAUGACAAGGUGAUGGGAAAAUCUAAGUGGGAGGAGGGGUUGUCUUACAUUAGAAAACCCUUCACCACUAGGUGUCAUCAGUGUGAUAGGGUAUAAUUUACAGAUCCAAAGCAGUCUCCAGAAGUGCCAAGGCUCUUCAUAUAAAAAAAAAAACUUGGAAUUUUGGUUCGCAUUUUUUGUUGUUUGUUUUCUGUUCUUUUAUCAGUUUGUAUUAUUUUUGUCUGUUUUCAUUAUCCUCAGGAGAGCUUACAAGACAAAGUUUAAGCUGGUAGGAUUGUAUCACCUGCCUCAGACUUUUUAAAUUGAUGUUGUAAAACAAAUACUUCUCUUCCCCAGUAUAUAUAUAUA